CCUCCUACAAAAGCCCUCUCAAAUCGCUCACCCCUCUCCGCCCUCCGCUCCCCUCCAACCAUCCCCUCCUCCCUUCGCCGCCGCCACCUUUUCGUCGGAACCCUAGCCGGGCCGCCCGGAGACGCACAGGACGAGGGCGGCGCUUGGAGGCGAAGAUGAGGGAGAUCCUUCACGUACAGGGCGGGCAAUGCGGGAACCAGAUCGGGGCCAAGUUCUGGGAGGUGAUCUGCGACGAGCACGGGAUCGACCACACCGGCAAAUACUCCGGCGACUCCGACCUCCAGCUCGAGCGUAUCAACGUCUACUACAAUGAGGCCAGCGGCGGGCGCUACGUCCCCAGGGCGGUGCUCAUGGAUCUGGAGCCCGGGACCAUGGAUUCCGUGAGAUCCGGGCCCUUCGGCCAGGUCUUCCGGCCGGACAACUUCGUCUUCGGCCAGUCCGGGGCCGGGAACAACUGGGCCAAGGGGCACUACACCGAGGGCGCCGAGCUCAUCGACUCCGUUCUUGAUGUGGUCCGCAAGGAGGCCGAGAACUGCGACUGCUUGCAAGGAUUCCAAGUAUGCCAUUCGUUGGGAGGAGGCACUGGAUCUGGCAUGGGAACACUUCUUAUUUCUAAGAUCAGAGAGGAGUACCCAGACCGUAUGAUGUUGACGUUCUCAGUUUUUCCAUCACCCAAGGUCUCUGACACAGUUGUGGAGCCAUACAAUGCUACACUUUCUGUCCAUCAGCUUGUCGAGAAUGCUGAUGAAUGUAUGGUCCUUGAUAAUGAAGCUCUCUAUGAUAUCUGCUUCCGCACUCUCAAGCUUGCCACUCCUACCUUUGGUGAUCUUAAUCAUCUCAUCUCCGCUACCAUGAGUGGUGUAACCUGUUGCCUAAGGUUCCCAGGUCAGCUCAACUCUGACCUUAGAAAGCUUGCGGUCAACUUGAUCCCUUUCCCCCGCCUUCACUUCUUCAUGGUGGGGUUUGCGCCCUUAACCUCUAGAGGCUCCCAGCAGUACCGGGCCCUCACCGUUCCUGAGCUGACUCAGCAAAUGUGGGAUGCUAAGAAUAUGAUGUGUGCUGCUGACCCUCGACAUGGCCGCUACCUCACAGCUUCAGCCAUGUUCCGUGGGAAGAUGAGCACAAAAGAAGUGGAUGAACAAAUGAUCAAUGUGCAGAACAAGAACUCAUCCUACUUUGUUGAGUGGAUUCCUAACAAUGUCAAAUCCAGUGUGUGUGACAUCCCACCAAAGGGGUUGAAGAUGGCAUCUACAUUCAUUGGGAACUCAACUUCCAUCCAGGAGAUGUUCCGCAGGGUAAGUGAGCAGUUCACAGCGAUGUUCAGGAGGAAAGCUUUCUUGCACUGGUACACUGGUGAGGGAAUGGAUGAGAUGGAGUUCACCGAGGCUGAGAGCAAUAUGAAUGAUUUGGUGGCCGAGUACCAGCAAUACCAGGAUGCAACAGCUGACGAAGAAGAGUAUGAGGAGGAAGAGGAAGAGGAAGAGAUGGCCUGAGUUUUAUAUCAUAUGCUUCUGACAAUUUUCACUUCAGGUUGCUUUGAGAGGGUUUGGUAUGGUGUGAUAUGAGAACCACUUUUCUGUCUGUAUUCAUUUUGUGACUCUGCGAAUGUGUUGCUUGUGAUUUCUGGGCCUGGAGUUUGUACGAGCAUUACACCUUAUCAUUGCUAACUUUAUGUUUCUACUUUGUGAGAUAUUAUGUUGCUCUACAAUCUGUGCCAUCUCAUUUAUGGACCUGUGCCCUGAUUUUGUUUUGGCACGGAUUCUAACA